GCCACCGCCUGGCCGCCACCGUCACCACCGUCGUCGCUACCGCCGUCGCCGUCAUCAUUGAAGUAGCGAGAGAAAGAGUUGGUCUUCCUACCGUUCUCCGCGUCGUAUCGUGUCACAUAGCAAUCGCGCAGCAUAUUCCCGAUCGCGUGACAUCGAAAGGGACGCGACGAGUGAGAGAGUGACGAGAAGGAGCGUUCGUGAGAGGAAAAACACGUCCGCAUACACGGCGUUCGAGUCGCCUGAUAAUCCGCUAGACCGAGCGCUCUCCUCCUUCGGCUCGCUUCUUCCGGCGCGAACAUGAAUGAAGAAUACGACGCAAUCGUGCUCGGCACCGGUCUCAAGGAAUGCAUCCUCUCGGGGAUGCUCUCUGUCAGCGGCAAACGAGUGCUCCACAUCGACCGCAACAAGUACUACGGCGGUGAAUCGGCCUCCAUCACGCCCCUCGAGGACCUGUUCGGCAAGUUCAAGGCCCCAUCGCCGGAUGAAAGUUAUGGCCGCGGCCGGGAUUGGAACGUCGACUUGAUUCCCAAGUUCCUGAUGGCGAACGGUCUUCUCGUUAAGCUGCUCAUUCAUACGGGAGUGACUCGUUACCUGGAGUUCAAGUCGGUGGAAGGUUCAUACGUGUAUAAAUCAGGCAAGAUCUCGAAGGUGCCAAUCGAUCAGCAGGAGGCGCUUUCCAGCGAUCUGAUGGGGCUCUUUGAGAAACGGCGAUUCCGCAGUUUCCUCAUGUGGGUGCAGAACAUGCAGGAGGAUGAUCCAAAGUCGUGGGACGGCUUCGACCCCUUCAACAGCAGUAUGAGUGCGCUCUACAACAAAUUCAGUCUCGACAAGAACACGCAGGACUUCACCGGGCACGCACUAGCACUGUACAGGGAUGAUGAUUACAUAAGCCAAACUGCGAUAACCACCAUUAGAAGGAUUAAACUGUACAGCGAUAGUUUAGCGCGGUACGGAAAGUCGCCGUAUCUUUAUCCGAUGUACGGCUUGGGCGAACUUCCUCAAGGAUUCGCGCGACUCAGCGCCAUUUACGGUGGCACGUACAUGCUGGACAAGCCAAUUGACGAAAUUGUCAUAAAGGAUGGCAAAGUGGUCGGUGUACGCUCCGGCGAUGAGGUAGCACAAUGCAAACAAGUCUUUUGUGAUCCUACGUACGUACCUGAUCGUGUGAAGAAAAUCGGUCAGGUGAUAAGGUGCAUAUGCCUGAUGGAUCAUCCGAUACCAAGUACGAACGACGCACUGUCCACGCAAAUUAUCAUUCCUCAGAAGCAGGUUGGUCGUAAUUCCGACAUUUACGUGUCUCUCGUGUCACACACCCAUCAGGUCGCGGCAAAGGGCUGGUUCAUUGCCAUGGUUUCGACCACGGUGGAAACGAAGAAUCCGGAGAUCGAGAUCAAGCCUGGUCUGGACUUGCUUGGUCCGAUUAGACAAAAGUUUGUCAGCAUCUCUGACUAUAUGGCACCGGUGGAUGACGGCCUCAACAGCCAGAUAUUCAUAUCUACCAGUUACGAUGCGACUACGCACUUCGAGACCACCUGCUUAGACGUGCUCGAUAUAUUCAAGCGCGCCACCGGUGAGGAAUUCGAUUUCAACAAGGUCAAGCACGAACUCGGCGACGAGGAUCAGUAACCGUAAUCAUGGAGUACGCGCGUGCAUUUAUACCACAUCAUACCACGGGGAGAUCGAAGCGCCCAGUAUGAAUUCGCGUAUUCGAGUAAAAAAAUAAAAAAAGGAAACAUCGCUCGAUGAUCGCCGACCACGUCGGUAUGCGACAGUGUCUCAAGGCAGAUACUACGGAACAAGUCACGCUGCGAGCAGACCUGUGCCUAAUUAUGAGAUUCUCUUUAAAAGAGGAUGGAAAACGAAGGCAAAGUUGGCUAAAUUCUCUAUCUCUUUCUCUUUGUCUCUCUGCCCUACAUCGUCCUUAAUCUCAUCCUGCUGUUCCUGCGGAUCCUUCAAAGCACACAAAUUCUUUCUCUUUGUCUCUCUGCCCUACAUCGUCCUUAAUCUCAUCCUGCUGUUCCUGCGGAUCCUUCAAAGCACACAAAUUCUCAUAUUUACAUGGAGGAACUUUCGGACUCUAUUUCUACGACUUUCAACGGAUUAUAAGGUUAGAUCCUCUUGUAAAUUUAUAUUUUGCACGGAACGUAAAUCCAAUCUGCCAAUAUAAUACGUUCGUACGAAAAAUAAUACUAAAAGAGACAAAGAUAAAUGCAGACGUCCGUCACUGUGUUUAUACAGUACAUAUGUAUCAUAUCUUAAUGUACCGAGAUGUAGGUGAAACGUUCAUCGGCAGAUUAAAUUGUACAAAAAAAAAAAAA